AUCAAAGCGUCCUGCUGCUGCCUCUCAACCGAAUGGGAUUCCAUGUAGUCUGCAGAUAGACUUAACUUUAUAAAGUCUUUUUUCUUUAUUUUUCAUUGCGAUUAAAAUAUAUUUGUCAUCAUCAUUAUUAUUUUGCCUGCUGUCAAGUUAUUCUAAAAUUAGGAAGUAAUGAGCGUGGAUGCAUUGGGAAGCCCCGUGAUGGACCCUACGUUUUCCAAACGGAACACGGCGCUGAGAUUAGUUGACUUGGCAGGGGCUCACCACCAUCACCAUCAUCACCACCAUACCCCUCAGAGCGUGACAGGCUUCCCGGGGUUCAGCAGCCAUCCACACUCAAUGGCUCACUCGCACCCUGGGGAGAUUACUGCGGAACCCCGCCUGGGGCCGAGUCCAUUCGGGCCAGAACACAUGGGGCACUCCGCGGCCCUCAAAAUCAGCCCAGCCCAUCAUUAUCCCCACCACCAUCACCACCACCACAAUCAUCAUAUGGCAGGCCACAGUGAAGUGGUCUCCAGUCAAACGGGAGCUUUUGGCCCGGUUCAGGCGACAUCGGUCCCCUAUUCUAUGUCUCACACGGCCCAGGCUUUAUCCGCAGGUAGGGAUUUCCUCAUCCGGAGAGAUCUGACAGCUCAAGCCAUGCCAGUACUGACUGACCAGACUGCUGGUUCAGCCUCUCACCACGGAAUGUUUGUCUCAACAACAGGUAGCUACCCCGGACACUAUGGUCAUCACCCUGACGCUGGGAACCAUACCCUCUUCUCCGGACUCCAUCACGACCAGCCUUCUAGCGGAUCACCGGGUGGCCAAGCGUUGAAUGGACAAAUAAGGUUAGGACUACCUGGAGAAAUGUACGUUAGGUCUGAUCACUUGAGUCAAGUGGCAAGCUCCAGGGCUGAUCCGUUCUCCGCCUCGCCGUUGCAUGGCUACGGUGGUCUGAAUCUGAACAUGAAUCUUAGCGCUCACCACCACCACCACCACGGAGCCGGUGCCUUUUUCCGCUACAUGAGGCAGCCGAUAAAGCAAGAGCUGAUUUGCAAGUGGCUGGAACCGGAGCACUCGCCGAAGAAACUUUGCUCCAAAACUUACAGCACCAUGCACGAACUCGUAACGCAUGUGACGGUGGAGCACGUUGGAGGACCGGAGCAGGCGAACCAUAUAUGUUUUUGGGAAGAGUGUCCGAGGGAAGGCAAACCAUUUAAAGCCAAGUACAAACUUGUAAAUCACAUUCGAGUGCACACCGGGGAGAAACCGUUUCCAUGCCCGUUCCCUGGCUGUGGGAAAGUGUUCGCCAGAUCCGAGAAUCUUAAGAUCCACAAAAGGACGCACACAGGUGAGAAGCCCUUCAAAUGUGAGUUUGACGGCUGCGACAGACGCUUCGCCAACAGCAGUGACCGGAAAAAGCACUCCCACGUCCACACCAGCGAUAAGCCCUACAACUGCAAAGUGAGAGGCUGCGAUAAGUCCUACACACACCCCAGCUCCCUGAGGAAACACAUGAAGGUGCACUGCAAGUCCCCCCCGCCCAGCUCAGGCUACGAGUCCUCCACCCCGUCCCUGGUCUCCCCCUCCUCAGACUUGGGAAGGGAGCCAGGAGGCUCCUCGGUGCUGUCGGAGCCGGUGGGAGCCUCCCAGCCCGCGAAUUUAAGUGAAUGGUACGUGUGCCACAGUUCAGGUGCCAGCGGCGCCCAAACACCGCCCAGCGGGCCCUCCACACCCGACCCCACAGACGAGCCACCUUACAGAAACCCGGAACCGAGGGACGCGUUUUAAUCCAAUUGGACUCAAACACGGUGCCAGAAGUGACAGAACACAUUUUCAAAAGCUUAACUAUUAAAAAUGGUUUGGCUUCGGUGCCUAUACGCCUGCGAAGGCCCACUGGUCCCCCUUUUGGAUGAGCCACCAAACAAGACACCCCAGAGCCAAGAGACGCAUUUGAACCACAUUGGAAGGAAAAAGUGCAAACCUUAAAGACGUGCUAAUUUCCAGGCACAGUUAAAAGAAUAUAUUUUCAAACCUCAGCUACUCAAAAUGGUUGGCUCAGUGCCUACGCGCCCUGACGGCCCACUGGUCCACUUGUGGAGAGAGUCGUGUAAAUCCGUUAGACUAUGUGGUACAUUAUUGUAGGCUAGGCAUGUUGGUGUACAAUUAUUUUGUAAAUUCGAGUUUCGACUUCGAUAUGUUUUUAUUUAUUUUUCAAUCUGAUAUUUUGUAUUAUCGAACCAAAGUGCAUGUUUCAAUUAGGGCGAAGAUGUACAUUUGUAAAUUUUGUAAGUUUCGAUGUGUUGAUGUUGAUAGUUUUGGAAGGAUCUGUCUCCAAGCAGUUUCUCACCGGUCACUGCGGUUAUUUGUACAAACAUUUUAUGUUUACAGCUAUUUUUUCUUUUCCAUUUGUGCAGAGGGUCAACAAUUGAACUGUUUCAUACGCCUGCAGUAUUUGAUAUACGACCGUGAAAUUAUAAAUGUUUUAUCAAAGUGGGCAUUUUGUGAUUUUGUAUCAUUGUCGUCAAUAUUUUUUUUUUCCUUUUUGGAUAUCUGAAAUCGAGCGGCACUCAAAAUGCGUACCGAAUUGCCUUGUAAUUUGUGAGUAUUUUGAAUAAAUCUUGUAUGACUAAAGUGAAAACU